GAAGCCAAGACGGAGUAUUGUGUGAAGCAGCACGAAGGGUAAAUUGGGUUCCUCGCGUCAGGGCGGGGAGGCCAUGGAUCACAUAGGGAUACGCUUAUUGGGGUCGCAUCUGCAACAGCAUGCGCACGUAGAGCCCAUCAGCUUUGGAAUUGAUCAGAUCCUCAGCAACGUGGAGCAUAAUUGCAUGCUGGGUGUUAAAAUGCACGAGCCAGACUACGGACACCCGGUGUACAUUGGCAGCGUUAGCGACGGCGGGAACAGCGGUGGAUUUGCGUGCGGCAACACUGGGUAUAAUGGCACUAGUAGCUCGUGCGGUGGGACUUAUCACAUGAAUAUGGAUGUCAAUGUGAACGGGACCAACGCAAAUAACGCUGGGGUUAUCCGUGUACCCGCACACCGGCCUCUGAACGGAGGGAACUCCAUGCCGCCGGUGAGCGGGACUGUCAACAACCUGACUACACUCACCUUCCCCUGGAUGGAGAGCAACCAACGCUACACUAAAGACAGGUUCCCAGUGUCACUCUCACCCCUCAAUGUAACACGUCGUGUAGGUCAUCCUUAUCAGACCCGGGCGCCUCCUAAGAAGAAGAAGCCCCGGACAUCUUUCUCUCGCCUGCAGAUCUGUGAGCUGGAGAAACGGUUCCAUCGGCAAAAAUACCUGGCGUCUGCUGAGAGAGCUGCUUUAGCCAAAGCUUUGAAGAUGACUGAUGCUCAGGUCAAAACCUGGUUCCAAAACAGACGGACCAAAUGGAGGCGGCAGACUGCGGAGGAGCGGGAGGCCGAGCGGCAGCAGGCCAACCGGAUUCUUAUGCAACUUCAUCAGGAAGCCUUUCAGAAAAACAUCAACCAGCCGUUGACCCCGGACCCACUUUGCCUGCAGAACAGGUCUCUGUUCGCACUGCAAAACCUGAAGCCCUGGAACGAGAAUACCGCCAAGAUCAGCAGCGUGUCGGCCUGCGAUUAGAGACAACACUUAUCCUGCAGCUGGUACCCGCACCGGCACUGACGGGCAGAUACAUGGGAUGUAGGCUAUAUCCUGCAGGACAUAUUUGAAAGACAGGUUAUCCCCCAACCUCUCUUCUCGUCCGCUCUCUGCAGUUAACAUCAAACAUGCUUCACACAUACUAGAACUAGAACUGCUCCGAUCAUGCCCUGAUGUGGAUCCCUACGAGCACGAGACUGAAUGGUAGAUUUAGCCCUGCACAGAUCAGACUGUGGACAUUUGAGGAAACAUUGUGUAGGUAUCCUCUGUCAGAGGACCAGCACAGACUGGUACUUUGACUUGUUGUAUUAUAGCGGGA